AUGUCAAAUAGCCCAGCAUUUGGUAAGAAUAAAAUUGAAUUGCCCCAAUUAGAUUGGGCCUAUGAUUCAUUAGAGCCUUAUAUUUCUGGUAAGAUUAAUGAAAUUCACCACAAGAAGCAUCACCAAACUUAUGUUAAUGGUUAUAAUAGUGCAAUUGAACAAUUAAUUGAAGCUGAGUCCCAAGGAGACGUUAAAAAAGCUAUUGUAAUUCAACAAAAUAUUAAAUUCCAUGGAGGCGGACAUACUAAUCAUGUCUUAUUUUGGAAAAGUUUGGCACCUAAUUCUCAGAAUGGUGGAAAACAUCCAGGAUCGGAUACUAACCUUGGCAAGAAAAUUAUUGAACAGUAUGGUUCAAUUGAUAAUUUGAUAAGCAUUACAAACGCUAAGUUGGCUAGUAUUCAGGGUUCAGGAUGGGCAUUCAUCGUUAAAAACAAACAGAACGGUGGGAACCUAGAUGUUGUGACUACAUACAACCAAGACACUGUUACCGAUCCCCUAGUUCCAUUGAUAGCAAUUGAUGCAUGGGAGCAUGCCUAUUAUUUGCAAUAUCAAAAUGUUAAAGCUGAUUAUUUCAAGGCUAUUUGGAAUGUUAUAAACUGGGAAGAAGCUAGUAAAAGGUUCGAUUCUCAUUUAUAA